CUGUGCCUGAUUUGUGGCCAAUGUUGGAGAUGUAAAAAAAAGGAGAGAGAGGAGGGGGGUGGAGGGAAAACACUAAAGGGGGGUAGCUAUGGAGAUAGAACGUUUUCCUGGCUGCUUUCUUUGACAGGUGUUGAGUGGGGUAAAAGUCUUAAAACAGAAUCCAGCAUGUACGCCAAAGGUAAAGGAGCUGUCGUCCCUUCCGAUAGUCAAGCGAGAGAAAAGUUAGCUUUAUAUGUUUAUGAGUACUUGCUACACGUUGGCGCACAGAAAUCAGCACAGACCUUCCUGUCAGAGAUCCGAUGGGAGAAGAAUAUCACAUUAGGAGAGCCUCCUGGAUUUCUGCACUCAUGGUGGUGUGUAUUCUGGGAUCUGUACUGUGCAGCUCCAGAUCGACGGGAGACAUGUGAACAUUCCAGCGAGGCCAAGGCUUUCCACGACUAUAGCGCAGCAGCAGCUCCCAGUCCUGUGAUGGGCAACAUGCCGCCCAACGACGGCAUGCCAGGUGGACCCAUGCCUCCCGGCUUCUUUCAAGGCCCGCCUGGAUCACAACCAUCCCCACAUGCACAGCCUCCUCCACACAACCCCAACAACCCCAUGAUGGGUCCACAUGGCCAGCCUUUCAUGUCUCCACGGUACCCAGGUGGACCUCGCCCUUCACUCCGUAUGCCAAAUCAGCCUCCUGUUGGAGUCCCAGGAUCACAGCCACUCCUGCCAAACAGUUUGGACCCAAACAGAACGCAAGGACAUCCAAACAUGGGCGGCCCUAUGAGGAUGAACCCCCCCAGAGGAAUGGGAGGCAUGGGCCCACAGAACUAUGGAGGUGGAAUGAGGCCCCCUUUGAACUCUCUCGGCGGACCUGGAAUGCCUGGCAUGAACAUGGGUCCGGGAGGUCGAGGGCCUUGGCCUAACCCUAACGCAAACUCGAUAGCAUACUCAUCCUCAUCACCAGGAAACUAUGUGGGGCCUCCAGGUGGCGGCGGACCCCCAGGAACCCCCAUCAUGCCAAGCCCAGGAGACUCAACAAAUUCUAGUGAAAACAUCUACACGAUGAUGAAUCCAAUUGGCCCUGGUGGCAACAGACCGAAUUUCCCAAUGGGUCCGGGGCCCGAUGGUCCAAUGGGUGGAAUGGGAUCGAUGGAGCCACACCAUAUGAACGGUUCUUUAGGCUCGGGUGAUAUGGACGGGUUGCCAAAGAACUCUCCGAACAACAUGGCAGGGAUGAACAACCCCCCAGGGACUCCGCGGGAUGACGGGGAGUUGGCAGGCAACUUCUUAAACCCAUUCCAAAGUGAAAGUUAUUCACCCAACAUGACAAUGAGUGUGUGAUUUAUUAUUUUUUCUUCUUUUUUUUUCUUCUUUUUAACCCCUCCCCAAACUCCUCCUUCCCACCACCCCCCCUCCCCCCUGUGCUGCGUCCGGCAUGUUUAUUUGCUCAAUCUUGACCCCUUUUCCUCCACAACACUCUGGGCUGGUGUGGUGACGCCCUCUAGCCGGUUGGCAUGGCCGCAGAACGAAGGACUAGAAUCGGUUACCAGAGGCUGGUGCAGUGAUGUGGAAUGGACGGAUGCAGGCUUCGGACCCGCCCUGCCUAUCGGACUUCGUCACUGGGUCGGGACAAUAAGGGCCCCCGAUAGAACCACCAUGCGUGUGUGUGUUUGUUUUCGUGUAUGUGGGACUGUGCCAGGAAGACUUUUCAUUACAAGCUGCUCAUCAGCAUUAAGACUGGUGGCUGUAUUUCAGUCCUGUUUUAUCGUUAUAUUUUUUUCUUCGUCUUUUUUUAUUGGCAAUUAGAGACUGAGGCUAGUGGCAGUCCGAUGUUCGAUUGCUGUGUACAUUUUCAAACGUAAAAAGCUAAACUGGUGAUACGCGGGGGGCAGCAAUGGUCUCAUUACAAUAUAUUUGUAUAUUAUUGAUAAUAUUAUUGUUAUAAUUUUCAUAAUUGAUAUUGCUAUGAUGAUGAUGUACUCAUAAUUUUAUGGAUUUUCCUGUAAAGGGCACAUUUGUAUUUCAACAACAUCGAUUACAUAAUAAGCACAUAUUCAGAAAUGCACAAUGACACUUCUGUUUACAUGAUUUUAGGUAUUUGUUUGUCUCUUUUGUUUUACUUGUUUUGUCAAAUGUCUAUUUACAUAUACCUCUUCCUUUGUUCUACAUUGAACUGAUGUCAUCACUACCAGAGUACAAUACUGAGAGGUACAAUCUCAAUUCUGUCUGUCAAAGAAGUGGCUUCUAAUACGAUUACAAUCACUGGUAUAAUACAGCUAGUUGGCACUGUUAUAGUUCGCCCAAAAAUGACAUUUACUGUUCCAAACCCAUAUGAAUUUAUUUCUUCAUUGGAACACUAGUAAAUUGGGUUUGGAAAGACAAAGACAGAAUUUCUGUUUUGGGGUGAACUAUUCCUUUAAAUAAUUGGAGUAUAGUUAUGCAUUUUUUCCAAAUCUAGGAAGCCCUGCUCAUAAUGCAGAUUGUUAUCUUUUGAUAUGUCAUCCUCAUUUGGGCCUUAGCGUGUAGCGUUCAAGGGUUACAUUGCAUUAACUGCCAUUGAUCCAUUUCAGAAUAGCAUAUUGAUCCGUUCUUGCCUUGGUCACAAAUGGUCAUUCAUAAUAAAUACAUUUUACCAUCCAUUCUAGAUCAUUUACUGCCUAUAGUUGCAAGAUAUCAUUCGUGGCCAUUGUGAUUUUUGCCACUACGUGUUUGCCACCAUGUUGAUUUGCGAGUCUUUUAGAUUAUUACCCAUGUGUUUGUAAAAGUAGUUGGAAUAAGCAGACUGCUCUUACAAGCACAAGUUUCUUUGUGCUCUAUAGUCCCAUGUCUGUAAAUAUAACUUUUUGGUCAUGGACCUUAUUGGUAUUUUCAAUACACUACCUGUCUGUGAAGCUCA